AUGGGUUUUCAGUCCUUUGACAAUAGAAAUUCUUUAGAUUCAUUAACUAUGAAGAUGGUGAAGGCUGAGGUAGGUGGCGAGGGAGAAGGGAAGACGUGUGGUGUCGCAGAUAGCAGGCAUAGCGUAGGGAAGAAGACGGUGGACAGGGAAGACGGUGGGGAGGGGUUUGGGGGGUUUGGGUGA